UCCAUGUGCUACUUCACUGUGAACGGGCAGCUAGCCAUACAGAAUUCUGAGUUUCAGGCCACAAGUAUUAUUUAUACCUACUCAUAUGUUCUUCGAGGGGUGUAUGGAUUCAGUUCUGUCCCAUUCAAUGACGGGUAAGAGGAGUUUGUGUUAUUAGACAAUGUAAAAGCCGCUGGGUAUUCAAAUUCUCAACUGCUUGAGAAUCAUUGUAUGCUCUUAUGAAAUGUUGGACAGACUUCACUUCUCCCUUGUUCUCCCGUCAUCUUCGCUCUCUUCUCCGCUCAUGCGCCCGGGAGUCCUCCCUCUCCACUGGCAAGAAACUUCACGCCAUUCUUCUCACCACCGGAGUCGCCACCUCCCCAAACGCCUUCCUCCUCAAUGCCCUCCUUCACUUGUACUCGCAAUGCGGCAUCACCCGCUAUGCACACCACCUGUUUGACCAAAUUCCUAAUUCACACAAAGAUACCGCGGAUUGGACCUCUCUCUUAUCCUGCCUUGCGAAGCACACUUCAACCCCUAGAAAUGCUUUUUCUUUGUUUGAAGAAAUGCGCAAACGAGGGGUUAUUCUUGAUGAUGUAGCAUUUGUUUGCGUGUUUAGUUUGUGCGCGCGCGUAGGAAAUUUGGAGAUGGGAAGGCAAGCGCAUGGUUGUGUGGUGAAAAUGGGUUUUGGAAUUAACGUUAAGGUAUGUAAUGCGGUAAUGAAUGUGUAUGUGAAAUGUAGGUUAAUGGGUGAGGCAAAAGGAGUGUUCAGUGAAAUGGGCGAGAGAGAUAUAGUGUCAUGGACUGCAUUAUUGGAGGGAGUGGUGAAUUGGGAAGGGGUGGAGAAUGGGAAGGUGGUGUUUGAUCAAAUGCCCGAGAGAAAUGAGGUUGGUUGGACUAUUAUGAUUUCUGGGUAUGUGGGAAGUGGGUUUUGUAAAGAGGGGUUUCUUCUUCUAUCGGAAAUGGUUUUGGGGUUAAGAUUAGAAUUAAAUUAUGUUACACUUUGUUCGAUUUUAUCCGCGUGUGCACAAUCUGGGGAUGCGGUGAUGGGGAGAUGGGUUCAUGUUUAUGCUCUGAAGAAAAUGGGAAGGGAAAUAGAUAUGAUGGUAGGCACGGCUUUGAUAGACAUGUAUGCAAAAUGUGGUCGAAUAAAGAUGGCAUAUGAAGUUUUCAAGUAUCUACCAAGAAGGAAUGUGGUGGCUUGGAACGCAAUUCUUGGUGGUUUGGCAAUGCAUGGAAAGGGUAGAAUUGUGCUGGUUAUAUUUCCGAAGAUGAUUCAAGAAACCAAGCCAGAUGAUCUGACCUUUAUAGCUGUGCUAAGUGCUUGCAGUCACUCUGGUCUGGUCGAUCAAGGCUGCCAAUAUUUUCAUAUCCUUGAAUCUGAAUAUGGUAUAACACCUAAAAUUGAACACUACGCUUGUGUGGUGGAUCUUCUUGGUAGGGCUGGUCGUUUGGAAGAAGCUGAAAUGUUGAUAAAGAAGAUGCCAAUGCCUCCCAAUGAGUUUGUUCUAGGAUCACUUUUGGGUUCUUGCUAUGUACAUGGAAAGCUACAGCUUGGUGAGCAGAUUCUGCAAGAAUUGAUUCAUAUGGAUCCGAACAAUACUGAAUAUCAUAUAUUGCUUUCCAACAUGUAUGCUUUAUCAGGAAAGCAGGAAAAGGCCAAUUCCCUUCGACAGGUCCUGGAGCGCAAGGGUAUCCAAAAGGUGCCAGGUAUGAGUUGUAUUCAUGUCAACGGCCAAGUUCACCGGUUCUGCUCGGGGGAUAAAUCACAUCCACGAAUAGAGGAAAUUUACAUGAUGCUGGAUGAUAUGAUUCGAAGAUUGAGAUUGGCCGGUUAUAUCCCCAGGAUUAGUUCCCAAUUGUUCCCUGGUGUUGAUAGAAGAGGGGGUUACACAGAGAUGGAGGAGAAAGAACAAGCACUAUUCUCCCACAGUGAGAAACUGGCAUUGUGCUUGGGACUCGUAAGCACAAGACCUAGGUCGCCUCUAUAUAUAUUCAAGAAUCUACGCAUAUGCCAAGAUUGUCAUUCUGCUAUUAAAAUUGCUUCUGAGAUAUACAACCGAAAAAUUGUGGUGAGGGAUCGCAAUCGUUUUCAUUGUUUCCAGGAGGGUUCAUGUUCUUGUUCUGAUUAUUGGUGAAAAGUGAAAACAAUGAACGUAGCUGUAGUAUGGAGAUAAACAGUUUAUAUUCAAGCAAAGGACCCAAAUUUAUCUC